ACUUCCCUUCCCAGCCCCUCCAGGGCCAGCCUCUCCACCCCCAAUGGGGGCCCCGGUCCCCCAGUUCCCUCCCAAUGCCUAUGCCUAUACUCGGCACCCCUGGCCCAGCCCAGCGUCCCUUCGGGGCCCCCAGCGGUCCCCGGCCCUGCCCUGCUCCUCCCGACCCUCCCUCCAAUCUUGCUUCUGGGCCCCCACCCCGCUCGGCCCCGCCCCCCACGGAGCGGUCCGGAGCCCCGCCCUCCCCCAGUCCCUCUACCUCCCCCGGGGCCGGGAAGUCGCCCCCCGGCCGGGUCCUCGCGCCGGGUCCCACCGGCCUGGCCCUUCCUUCCCCUUCAUCCCUCCUCUCCCCUAUCCCCCGCGUGAAGCCUCCCGGGCCCGGGGCUUUGCCAGAGGAAAGGAGAAAAAGCAGGAAGGCGCGGAGCCCCGGCGCGCUGUCCCCUUCGCACAAACUGGCCCGGGGGUGACCCGGAGCCUGAGAUGCAGGUCCCGCGUGGACACAUGGGGACUGUGGGCCCCGGGGCCAGGCGCACUGGGGGUAGCAGGGAAUCCCCAGAAGGAGAGUGGCGAGGACUGCUCCUUGGACGCAUUCUCCCCCCCACGGAAAAAUCCACUCAGCGGCCCGCGGGUGGGGUGCGCCACGCGAUCUGCAAACCACGGCUUUCCCUCUGCUGAGCCUUCCUUCCUUCGGAUCUGAGUACCCUGAGCCCCUCAGGAGCCUGCGCUGGGUCCAGUGAGCACCAAAGAGGAGGAGCUCAAUAAAUAUUUGCACAAUGAGAAGAUGAUGGAGAAUCCUUAGUCUCUCCAAGCAGCAAGAAAAGUCUCAGCAAGCCUGGGGUCCCAGACUAGGCACACCCCCUGCCUUGCUGUGCAGACACCCUGCUCUGGUCCUCCUCGGGAGAGAGGUCGGACCAUUUCCCAGUCCUGCCCCUGAGCAUGACCUCUGGCCUCUGGGUGACCUUUGCCCCAUCCGUUUGACUUUAGGGAAAAUAAAUUGACCUCCAGUGCACCUUU